UCAAUGAUUUGCCCACUUUCGUACCUCAGUUUGCCAAUCCAUUUCCUUCCCAUUUCAGCUUUCGUUUUUUCCUCUUUUGUUCUCUUACUCUCUAUUCUUUUCUCUUUUUCCCCCUAUCCCUACUCUCCGCCUGCCACAAGCAGCUAUGAACACAGACUCUUCAAAGCUUUUGGAACUUGAGGUUAGUUUUCGUUUCUUUCAUUCAUUUCUAUUUUUGCCGAUUUCAUCGUCAUUUCGACUACUGUAGCUGAUACUUUCAUGGCUAUUAAUUUGGCUAUUCAAAUUUCUGAGAAUUUGCUUUCAACUAUGAAGAUAAUAGAACCAGAGUAAAUAAUUAUCAUGGUGAUCAUGGAAGACUCGAUCCUCUACUUACUCUUUUCCUUUCUCAUCCUCUUCUUUGUUGUUAAAAUUUUCCGAUCAAGAUUCUACCACAGAAACCUCCCUCCAAGCCCACCUGCACUUCCGGUUAUUGGCCACCUCCAUCUCGUAAAACCACCCAUGCAUCGCACUCUCCAAAGUCUGUCUCUAAAGUACGGCCCCAUUUUCUCCCUCCGCUUUGGACGCCGCCUCAUUGUUGUCAUCUCAUCAUCAUCUGCUGUUGAAGAAUGCUUCACCAAGAACGACAUCAUUUUAGCCAACCGUCCACUAUCUCUAGUGGGCAAGUACAUAUGUUAUAACAACACUACCAUUUCUCAGUCCUCCUACGGCGACCACUGGCGCAACCUCCGCCGUAUUGCAGCAAUUGAGAUCUUCUCCACUCAUCGACUAAACAUGUUUCUGGGUAUCCGAAAAGAAGAAAUCAAGCGAUUAAUCACAAAGCUAUCGGACGAGUCACUGCAAGAUUUUACCAAGUUUGAGUUAAAAUCAAUGUUUAAAGAGCUAGCGUUUAACGUUAUGGUAAGAAUGAUUGCAGGGAAGACGUAUUAUGGAGAAGAUGUAAGUGAUGACGAAGAGGCAAGACAAUUCAGGGAGAUAACAGGUGAGAUAGUUUCUAAUGCAGGAGCAGCAAAUCGAGGGGAUUACUUUCCAAUCUUGAAUUGGAUUGAUGGUGGUAGGUUUGAAAAGAAGUUAAUGAGACUUGGGAAAAGGACUGAUGAAUUGUUGCAACGUUUGAUUGAUGAACAUCGGCGCAAGAAGGAGGAGAAUUCAGAGAGUAUGAACACCAUGAUUGAUCAUCUUCUUUCUUUGCAAGAAUCAGAUCCUGACUAUUACACGGAUGAGAUUAUCAAAGGGCUCGUAUUGAACUUGCUAUUUGCGGGAUCGGACACAUCAGCGGUGACAUUAGAAUGGGCAAUGUCCAAUCUACUCAACUAUCCAGACACACUUAAGAAGGCUAGAGAUGAAAUAGACAAUCAAGUGGGCCAAGAAUGCUUACUAGAUGAACUUCAUCUUUCUUCAUUACCAUACCUUCAAAAUAUCAUCUUCGAGACUCUAAGAUUGUAUCCAGCAGCCCCACUUCUCCUCCCUCACGUCUCAUCUAAUAAUUGCAGUAUUGGAGGAUACGACUUGCCACGUGACGUAAUGCUGCUGGUAAAUGCAUGGGCCAUGCAUAGAGAUCCGUCGCUUUGGGAUGAUCCGUUGAGUUUUAAGCCUGAGAGGUUUGAUGAAGAAGGUGACAGUAAUGGCUUUAAGUUUAUAGCAUUUGGAUUGGGAAGAAGGGCUUGUCCAGGUGCGGUUCUGGCUCAUCGUCUGCUGGGUUCAACUUUGGGGACGUUGAUUCAAUGCUUUGAGUGGAAGAGGGUCGCUGAUGAGGAGAUUGAUAUGUUAGAAGGCAAAGGGCUUACCAUGCCUAAGGUUGAGCCGCUUGAGGCUUUAUGCAAAGCACGCCCGAUCAUGAACAAGAAUCUCUCUUGAUACUGUGUCAUUACAUUGUGAUAUAUAAGUGAAUUUUCUAAAAAAUUUAGGAACUUAAUAGUAAUUCUUCUUGAAAAUAAUAAAACAAUUAUUUAAAGAC